GUAUCUUUGACCGUGGAGCAGCCGUCGGGCGGCUCAGGACAGAGAAGACGUGGCUAGGUCCUCAGCUGGACCUAGGUGUCAAGGGCUGGUGUCGCAAUGGCAGAGAAAGUGAACAAUUUCCCGCCCCUGCCCAAGUUCAUCCCACUGAAGCCAUGCUUCUAUCAGGACUUCGAGGCUGAGAUUCCCCCUCAGCAUCUCAACAUGACCAAACGGCUCUAUUAUCUCUGGAUGUUAAACAGCAUCACAUUGGCCAUGAACUUGGUGGGCUGCUUGGCGUGGCUGAUUGGAGGCGGUGGAGCUGUUAACUUUGGACUGGCCUUUCUCUGGUUCAUUCUCUUUACCCCCUGCUCCUAUGUCUGCUGGUUUCGGCCUAUUUACAAAGCCUUCAAAUCAGACAGCUCUUUUAACUUCAUGGCCUUCUUCUUCACCUUCUUGGCUCAGUUGGUCAUCAGCAUCAUCCAGUCAGUGGGGAUUCCUGGCUGGGGAGUCUGUGGCUGGAUUGCAACUAUCUCCUUCUUUGGGACCAAUGUGGGAGCCGCAGUGGUGAUGCUCAUCCCUACCAUCAUGUUCUCGCUCAUGGCCGUCUUUUCCUUCAUCGCCCUCAGCAUGGUUCAUAAAUUCUACCGGGGCAGUGGUGGGAGUAUAAGUAAAGCCCAGGAGGAGUGGACUACCGGGGCUUGGAAGGACCCACACGUCCAGCACGCCGUCCAGAAUGCCGCCAUGGGGGCUGCCCAGGGAGCUGUGAGCCAGCAUCAGAACCCAUACUCUGCCACCCCCAAUUACACUUAUUCCAAUGAUAUGUGAGCAGGAAACUGCCUAAGGGUCAGGGAGGGCAGGGAAGGGGAAAAAUAGGAAGGCAAGGAGUGGGGAGGAGCUGAGCUGAAACUGCCUUGUGGACACUGAGUUGGUGAUUGAGUUGGGGUUGCCCUUUCCUAUCCUUUCCCUACCUUCCUACUUUGUAAAAAGGAAAAGAAUGACAUAUAUAUGUAUAUUUCCCCUUCCACUGUUCUAACCCUG